UUCUCCACCAUUCUACCAUAAGAUAUUUCAUACUACAGACCAAGUAUGUCCCUUCCUCAAAUAUCCACACUAGGAAGCCACAAAAGACAGCUAGCCAUGAAAUUCCUUGUUCUAAUCUGGGCUGUAUUUCUAUUUUUUGGGUUAACAGCAUCUGAAACUGAAACCUACAACCUCAUUCACUCAACCAUUUUAACAAAGCCAGGCUGCGAAAGCCGAUGUGGGGACUUGAUUGUUCCCUAUCCAUUUGGAAUUGGUACAAAUUGUUCUAUAGGCGAGCGGUUCAAUAUCUACUGCAACAAAUCCGUAAACCCUCCAAAGGGCUCUAUCACAGAACAUGAUCACAGCUGGAUCAAACUGAUAUCCGACUCCACCCUCCGGACUUCCAAUUUAGUCGCAAAGAGAUGCUCUUUUCCAGAUGGCUCUUGGAGUACAACCAAUAUUACCUCGGACUAUAGCCGUAAUUUUCCAUACACCAUCUCAGAAGUAAAUAAGUUCACAGUCAUCGGCUGUGGUAGUUAUGCGUGGCUGACCUCAGCAGCAAAGAAUAGGACUGUGUCUACAGGGUGUAUGGUGUUUUGCUCAAAACCGGAUGAGGUUGCAGCAGCAGGUGAUGAGUGCUCAGGAAAUGGUUGUUGUGAAUCAUCCAUACCCCAAAACAUAAACUACUAUAAAACUCAGGUCGAUAGCUUGACGAAUUCAGGCAACAUGUCGUUUGCUCCUUGUACAUAUGCCUUUGUUGGUGAGGAGAAUGUAUUCAAGUUUAAGGGUAUCAGUGACUUAAGAGCAAUUGAUAGAUUCGACAAUUCCUUCAAAGAUAGGAUUGAAGAUACUGUGCCGAUAGUGCUUGACUGGGCUAUUGGUAAUCAGAGUUGUGCUCAAGCCAACAAAACAAAUGAUUUUGCCUGUCGAUAUGCAAAUAACACGUGUGUUGACUCUACAAGGGAAGCUGGUGGCUACCGCUGUGUAUGUAAACAAGGCUAUCAAGGAAAUCCGUAUUUGUCUCCGGGCUGCCAAGAUAUCAAUGAAUGUAAUAACAAGGAGAAGUUUCCAUGUUAUGGAGAUUGUGUUAACACAAUCGGGAGCUACACGUGUGAAUGUAAAAGCGGAUAUUCCGGUGAUGCCAUGGUCAAAGAUGGUUGUCGACGUAAACCAUUCAACGUGCUUCGCUUAUCCAUAGGUUUGGGGCUUGGAAUCUUCACAUUACUAACUGGAUUAUUUGUGUUGCUCUUAAUGGUCAAGCAAAGAAAGCUAAUCAAGCUAAGAGAACAAUUCUUUGAGCAAAAUGGAGGUGUAUUAUUAGAAGAGAAACUUAAAACCACAGGCCGUAGUGUCAUGAAAAUUUUUCAAGUUGAAGAGCUAAAAGAAGCAACCAACAACUAUGCGGAAGAUAAUAUUCUUGGUAAAGGAGGUAAUGGUACUGUAUACAAGGGAACUCUACCAGAUACACGUUUAGUAGCAAUCAAAAAGUCCCAAAGGUUGGACCAAGGACAAAGGGAUCAAUUUAUAAAUGAAAUGGUAAUUCUUGCACAAAUUAAUCACAAAAACGUGGUGCAACUUUUGGGAUGUUGUUUAGAAACUGAUGUCCCAAUGCUAGCUUAUGAAUAUGUUUCUAAUGACACUCUUUAUCGCCACAUUCAUAAAACAAGUGGGAAAGGGAGAUUGUCAUGGGAUAGUCGUUUAAGGAUAGCACAUGAAUCGGCUGGCGCGCUUGCUUUUCUUCACAACGACGCUAGGAUGUCUGUCAUACAUAGAGACGUGAAAUCUACUAACAUAUUGUUGGAUGACAAUUACACCGCAAAAAUUGCAGAUUUUGGUGCUUCAAGGUUAGUCCCAUUGGGUCAUGAUGAAGUCACUACACUAGUCCAAGGGACCAUUGGAUACUUGGAUCCUGAGUAUUUUCAUACAGGUCAUCUAACAGACAAGAGUGACGUUUAUAGCUUUGGAGUGGUUCUUGUAGAACUCUUAACAGGAAAAAAAACUAUUGAUCCAGAAAGAGGUGCUCAGGAUACAAAUCUUGCAACACAUUUUCUAAAGGCAAAGAAGGAAAAUCGAUUGCUUGAGAUUCUUGACCAGCAAGUGGUAAAGGAAGCAACAGAAGAGCAGCUAAAAGCAACAUGUGACAUGGUUUGUAGAUGCCUUAACCAAGUAGGUGGGAGCAGACCUAGCAUGAAAGAUGUGGCCAUGGAACUUGAAAUAUUAAGGAAGUCUAGCAAACAACAUCCUUGGAUUAGUGAACAAAACUACACCGAAGCAAGUAGCUUAAUGAUCGAAAGUGAAGAACAGAACCUUUAUGCGGUUCCUCUUAUUGCUAACAGUGAUACUUUUGGAGAAUACAGUUCAAGCACUAUGGGAAUGAAUGAAAUAAUGCUCCAUGUACAUAGUCCACGUUAGUAUAUAUAAUAUGAAUGACUGAACCCUUUACAUCCCAUUGACGUUGAUUCCUAUUUAUGUUUCUGGUUCUUAAUAUCGAAGUUUAUGUCAUUUCUUGCAUGUAUAAUUAAUAAAAUCCGAAGUAUAGGAUUUCUAUGUUAA